UCUUUAUUUGUUUAGAGCUGUAUUAGGGUUCAUCUUGAAGAGGGCUACUGUACUUGAUAGAAUGAAGAAAUUUGACUUGUUGUGGUCAUCUAUUUUGGCCUGUGUUUUUGUGGGAUUGUGUUACUGUCAUGAGGAAACAGGACUGAGUGAGGAUUUCUAUCAAACAUCUUGUCCCCAAGUUGGGGACAUUGUUAAGGAGCAAGUCCAUGGCUUGUAUGAGAAGCAUGGUAAUACAGCAGUUUCAUGGCUCAGACUGAUAUUCCAUGACUGUAUGGUUGAGUCGUGUGAUGCAUCCAUUUUAUUGGACACUCAUGCAAAUAUAUUGUCAGAGAAAGGGUCUGAUAGGAAUUUUGGAAUGCGGAAUUUUAAGUAUAUGGAGAACAUAAAGGAUGUAGUUGAAAAGGAAUGCCCUGGUGUGGUUUCCUGUGCUGACAUUAUUGUUCUUGCUGCCCGGGAAGGAAUUCUUAUGUUGGGAGGGCCCCCCAUUGCUGUCAAAACAGGAAGGCGAGACAGUCGAGAGAGCAGUGCAGCAGUUGUCGAGAAAUACAUACCUCUUCACAACGACAGUUUGGACAUAGUCUUAUCUCGCUUCGAAUCCAUUGGAAUUGAUGCUGAAGGAACAGUAGCUCUUUUAGGAGCGCACACUGUUGGCAGAACACACUGUGUGAAUCUUGUGGGCAGGCUAUACCCAACUGUGGAUCCUCUAAUGGACUCAGCUUACUCAGUCUAUCUUAAGAAAAGAUGCCCCACAUCAAAUCCUGAUCCUAAGGAAGUUCUCUACGCUCGAAACGAUCAAGAGACACCCAUGUUAUUUGACAACUUCUAUUACACCAACUUGAUCGCCAAAAAGGGGCUACUUCUUAUUGAUCAAGAGUUGCUUUCAGAUAACAGAACGUCUGAGUAUGUUUCCCAAAUGGCGCAGGAUAAUCAAUACUUCUUCUCGCAGUUUGAGAAAGCAUUUAUAACCAUGUCAGAGAAUAAUCCUCUAACUGGGAGUUUGGGAGAAAUUCGAAGGAAUUGUCAGUUUUCAAACCCUGCAUAGUUGCUAACAGCUCCACCAACUUUACAAGCUGGAGAUAAUAUGAAAGCUUUUACUAUUUACAAUAAUGAUAUAAACUGUAACUAUGCAUCAUGGGAGAUGUUUAUAGGCUUAGAAAUGUAUCUGUGAUAGACACAAGUAGAGUAGAUGACAAAGAAAAUGUAAAGCAAAAUGCUUGGGUAUUUCUGGUAUAUUCCAGUCCCAAAAGUGUUUUAUAUAUAUCUUUUAUAAUUA